AUGGCCAAUGAUCGCAUUCCAUUUCCGGCAAGCAAUCUGACCUGGAGAAUUCUUAAUCAUGCCAAUGAGAAUGAUUACGCCGUGGGAGCCUAUAACUGCUACAAUAAUGACGGUGUCAUGGCCGUGAUUCGAGCAGCCGAGCAGAAACGCUCGGCAGCCAUCAUUCAGUUAUUUCCCUGGACUUUGCAUUUCCAGGGACCGGAGUUCGUCCGUUACGUUGUUGCAGCUGCACACAGGGCCAGCGUGCCGGUUGCAGUGCACUUGGACCACUGCAUUAAGCCAGAGGAUAUCGACCUCGCACUUACUCUUCCAUUCGAUUCUAUAAUGGUGGAUGCUUCGACGCUCGAUGGAGAGGCCAAUAUAUGUCACUGCAAAAACGUGGUGGACCGCGCCCGCGCACUCAAUAUCACCAUCGAGGCGGAGAUGGGCCGGAUUGAAGGUGGCGAGGAUGGUCUUCCUACAGUAGACAUGAAGGCCAUCAUGACCCAACCAGAAAAGGCCGAGCUGUUUGUUCGUCGAACAGGCGUCCACUUCCUGGCGCCAUCAUUUGGAAACAUUCAUGGUGGCUACCCCGCUGGUGGAGCGGAGGAAUGCUGGGAUCUGGAACGACUUGCCGCCAUUGGCAAGCUAGUGUCAGGCACCACACCACUAGCACUUCACGGAACGCAUCCCGUGUCGGCCGAACUGUUUCGAAAGACUAUUGCUUGCGGAGUGCGGAAAAUUAACCUUAACCGAACUGUCCGCGAUGCUUACACCAGCUUUGUUGCUGAGAAUGCCGGCGCGUUAGAAUUGACAGUGCUUAUGGUCCGGGCGGUAGAAGUUUACGCAAGAUCAAUAGAGAGAAUGAUGGAUGUGCUGGGCUCGGCUGGGCGAUACUAG